CAGGAGCAAGCCUUCAGGUGCCCCACCCUGCCUGACUUCUCAGAGCUUCCUCCACCUCCCCUGAAAGCCCGACAGCCGCGGGCUCCCGGCUGGGACCUCGGGAGCCCGCGACUGUCGCUCCUCCUUUAAAGCACUAGGUCGUCCUGGGGAUCCAGGUCUAAACCUGGCGUCCGCCGGAGCCUCCGGGUAGAAAGCGACAGGGGGAAUCGACUCCCUCGACGAUCUCCGCGGCCCGGACCCGCCCCCUCCGCCUCGCGCCAGGCUGCGGAGCGCCGAUCGGCUCGAUGAGCGGGGGCGCAGCUGCAGCGAACCGGCCAACACAGGUUUUGUGAAUAACAUCGCCAGGCUGGGUCCAUCCAAGUCACUUAUUUCCGUGAAACUGCACCAACCAAGACUGCUGAUGAGAGAUGAGGAAGAGGAGUCAGAAAGGGAACGGAGGCUGGGAAAAGGGAAGCCUCUGCCCAGAUUCAAGCUUUUUGUGAAGUGAAAUAUUAGGGGUUUGGGUUUGCUUGUUGUUUGCGUAAGGCAGAAAAGAAGCCAGCAUUUACUAAACAACAGGUGGUGAAGACUUAUUCUACUGGGAAGUAGAAGAGUACUUCUUCAUUAAAAAAGAUGCCUCCCAAGUUUAAGCGCCACCUAAAUGAUGAUGAUGUCACUGGUUCUGUGAAAAGUGAAAGGAGAAAUCUUUUAGAAGAUGAUUCAGAUGAAGAAGAGGACUUUUUCCUAAGGGGACCAUCUGGACCAAGAUUUGGACCUAGAAAUGAUAAAAUUAAGCACGUUCAGAAUCAGGUGGAUGAAGUCAUUGAUGUCAUGCAAGAAAAUAUUACGAAGGUAAUAGAAAGAGGGGAGAGACUAGAUGAACUACAGGACAAAUCAGAAAGCUUAUCGGAUAAUGCAACUGCUUUUAGCAACAGAUCCAAACAACUUCGAAGGCAAAUGUGGUGGCGUGGAUGCAAAAUAAAAGCCAUCGUGGCUUUGGUUGCUGUUAUCCUUUUGUUAGUGAUUAUCAUUCUUAUAGUUGUGAAAUACCAUACUUGAUUUGAUGACAGAUCUUCAUUAAACAAAAUCUGGGACAAUAAUAAAAGAUUGCUGCAUAAUUUAAAUGAAACCCAUGUAUAUAACUUUCAAAACUUUUUUCAAGAAAUUAAGAGGCAAGUAUCACUUCAAAUUGGAGCACUGAGAAUGUCCAGUUAUCUUCUUUCCUUCCAACAAAAUGUGCUUUUAGUAAUUACGUUUAAGGCAGAUAACCAGCCUCAGUGUUGCCAUAUUCCAAGGGUCUAAUUUGAAACUAGAUACUUGCCAGUUCAUUAUUUGUGAAUGUAGUUGAACACUGAUAAUGAUAUAUCAUACUGUUGUUUUAACGGCAUAAGGACUUGCGUUUAUUUGCAUCAAGGUAGGGGUCAGGCCGGUGGUCAGGGAGCGUCUGUAGAGUACCAGAUCAUUAUGCUGAAAGACAUGCAUAACCAUUCCAUCGAUAUUUGCAAGAUUUUUCUCAUACUGCAAUUGCUUUGCAAGCAAUUUUCACAUAUUUGUGGGUAUAACAAAACUGAAUGUUGUAAAUGUUGCUGCCUUCAGCUAUAACUAAAAACAUUCCAGUAAACCUAUUUUUGACUGUAUAAGGGAAUGUGUAGUAAUUUUUUGGCACUUGGAUUAUGGAAAUGGGAAAUUUAAACAGUGUGAAAAGCAUAGUAUGGCAUCAUAAAACUGGAGAUAAUAAAUUAGAAAACAUCAUUGGAGUAUUUGAAAAUGACCAAAACAUAAAGCUACAAGUCAUGGUCCAGUCUGUUUUCAGCCUCCAAUAAGGACCAGUCCUAAUGUGACUAAAUGAAAUUCAUAGGUAACUUGUCCCCUAAUUUUCUUUUUGUUAAUAGCAUUCUUCUUUAACUUCAACUAGCCCUUUUACUGGGAGUGCUGAAAGUAGCAAAAUUAUCUGCUUAGAGUUUGUGAUUUUUGCAUUGCCUGGUUAUCUUCUGGGAAAAGCAUGUUACACAUACAAUCAAGUGUCAGAUUAGCUGACAGUAAUGACUAUAAAAAGUCAGGAUCCUAGCUAAUCAGUCAGUCACCAGCCAAAUGCUAGGGUCACCAUUAAUCUCAUUGUUUUUAUAAUGAUAAGUGUUGUUAACUUUAAAAUAUGCCAACUUUCUUGGGUUGUUUAAACAUGUGAAACUGCAUAGUUCUCUAGUGUGUGUGGCGGGGGAAGAAGUUUUAUAAAAUUGGAGCUUCUGCAGAAACUCGUGUACAUGGACAUCUUCACAAUGUAUAUAUAACUCUAAAUUUGAAAUAGGGUUGAUUAAAAGUACCAGUAUUUAAAU